AGAAAAACAGCUUUCAUGGACACCGCACACUGUCCACUAUCUGGCAUCACCCCCUCCAUGUCCAGUGCUUGCUCGCCUCAUCUCUCACUACCAUAUAUCGCCGGCCCAAGAAUGGCGGAAGUCGUGGCGGUUUUCGACUUCGACAAGACGAUCCUUGACUGCGACAGCGACGACUGGGUGGUCGACAAAUUAGGCCUGAGUGAGGUGUUCGACCGGCUCAGACCCACCUUGCCUUUGAACUCUCUCAUGGAUCGGAUGAUGAUGGAGCUUCAUUCUAGAGGGAAAACGAUGGAGGAGAUUGCUGAUUGUUUGAAAGAAGCUCCGUUGCAUCCGAAGAUUGUCUCCGCGAUUAAGUCUGCCCAUGCUUCUGGGUGCGAUCUGAGGAUACUGAGCGACUCGAAUGUGUUCUUCAUCGAGACGAUCCUGAGACAUCACGGCCUCAUAGACUGUUUCUCUGAGAUCAACACGAACCCCGGCUCUGUCGAUGCACAAGGCAGGCUCAACAUCUCACCUUAUCAUGACUUCUACCAUCUGUCUCAUGGCUGCAAGAUUUGCCCUCCAAACAUGUGCAAGGGUAUAGUGAUGGACAGAAUUAGAUCGUCGGCCUCUGCCGAGCGAAAGAAACGUUUCAUCUACGUCGGAGAUGGGAACGCCGACCUCUGUGCGGGCAUGAAGCUUGAGGAAGCAGAUGUUCUGCUUCCCAGGAAGGGCUUCCCCGUGUGGGAUCUGAUCUGCCGCAACCCGACCCUCAUAAAAGCAAGGGUUCGGGAAUGGACCGACGCGGCCGAACUCAAGACCGUCCUGCUAAAUUCGGCUGGCACAUUGGGCUGCGCGGAAAAUGGAAACGCAAAGGCCAUCCACUCGAUCGUCGUGGCCUGCAAGUUCCAGACGAGUCUUGUCGGCGCGGCGGCCCCUGAAUCUCCUGUCGUUCGUCGGGAGCGCGAGGCUUGUUCUUCCAUUGCUUGAUGGAAAUUAAAAGACCAGGUUGCCUAAGUAUAAGAUAAGUGUUACCUGGGCAAACAUGAUGGGGUCCUAAUGCAUGUUUUCAGUUUGUUCAUGACAAUAAACAAGUUGUAUCUAAAGCCCACGAUGCAAAUUUCAUUUAA